UCAUUCUGGGACCGUGCAUACGACAAACUUCGAGACGACGAUCCGAAGCUGGUAGGCGAGUAUGAUGUGUUGCUCGCCGAGGAAUCGAAGACAGGGUUUGCGUCAGAUGAUCGCCAUCCUCCCGAGCUUGUGCGCCGAGCCCAACUAGACUUGGUCAUCAAGCAAGGUUUACAACGGUUGGACGAUAAGAAGAUCAAAUACGCCAUCGCCGGCUACGAGUUUGUUUCGAGGGAUCAGGUUUCACAGGCCGCCGGGCUGGUGGUGUGGGCGAAAGACUGGAUCGGAAAAGCUGUCGAAGCUUCGCCCGGAGCUUCUAUUGUAUGGGCGGGCGUUUCCAGGGCCCUCCCGCUGCUCACGAAUUCCAAGAUCGACGAUGAAGCCAACCGCGAUGGCUUCACCUCUGUGGCCACGAGCAUGCGAUACUACACGGCACUUGAGACGCUGCUGCUGCGCAUUGAAACGAACCCCGGCGUCGACAGUGGGUUGAUGAUUCAGGCCACCGACGGCAUCGUGUCGCUCUAUCAGCAAAUCCUCGACUUUCAACUACGAAGCGUGCUUCGUCCUUACCGAAACUAG